GUGCAUUGAAUUUCAAUCCCGAUGCUCCUGAUUUCAUCCCAGGAGAAAGACAACCUGCAGAUAUAAACUGGAUAAAUAAAGAUAGGAAAGACUCUAACAGUAAUAGAAGUAAUUUACCAUUUCCUAGUUUGUCCUCUGAAAGGGGUACAGAUUAUGAAAGCUCAUCCACAAAGCAUCCUGGCAUUUGUAAUCCAGAUAGUCAGUAUGGGAAUUCUGAAGACUUCCACCAAUAUUUUGGCACCAGCAAAAGUUUGAAGAAUCGCAACUUGCAAAGCCAGAGAUGGCACAGGUCGAGAAACGAUAACACGUGUACUAGAAGUAAGAUAAGGCAAAGCACUGCUGAUGCUGCUGCAGGUCCAGGAGUUUCGGAUAGCACAGUAGCACCUGGGAGAAGAGGACCUCCGAGAGGAUACAGUGAUGUUCUCUCCUCAGAGAGUGACCGGGAGAUACCUAAUGCAGACAGCAGAGGAGCAAAGCCGAAGAAAACACAUCCGAUGCAUGCAUCUGGAAGGGGUUUCAGGGAGAAGGGAAAGCAAGUGCAUGACCGGGAAAAGAGAGUGAGCUCUAAGCAGAAAGUAGAGCUGUUUGAAAAUGUUCCGUCUUUGGAUUUGACUCAGUCUGACUCUUCGGAAUCCUCUGUUGGGAAGGCGUUCUGUGAUGCCCCCGUUGGAAGUGCAGAUGAGCAGAAAGGCUACAACUAUGUCAACAAAAGAUAUCCCCGGAAGCCUGUGUGGAAUAAACCCCCAGUAGAAAAGGAUUCUCAGAAAAGACAUGAUUCUCACCGUAGUAAAAACACAAAAGUAGGUAAGAAGUCUUCUCUUGCAUAUACUCCAAAAGAGAAAAACGAGAGGAAGAAAGAACUCUCCGUUCACAAAAACGAUGAAAGCUUGACGGAUGAAAUCAGGCAUCAGUCGUCUGAUUCUGUCAGAUGUAAUGGAAGAAAGUUCCUGCUAAAGGGGGACCAGGCACCUGCACUUCAUUUCAGCUGGACCCAGUACUGGAAAAAGCAGAGCGAUGUGCCAAAAAACAAAGAAACUCAUACAGGGUCGUUGAUUGAACAGCUGACCACAGAGAAGUACGAGUGCAUGGUAUGCUGUGAGGUGGUCCGAAUAGUAGCCCCAGUGUGGAGCUGUCAGAAUUGCUACCACGUGUUCCACCUGAAUUGCAUUAAGAAGUGGGCACGGUCACCAGCUUCACAAGCUGAAG